AUGGGCUCACGUGUUCCUCUACGGUCGCGGAAGGGCUGCUGGACAUGCCGCGAUAGACACAAGAAAUGCGACGAGGAGAAGCCAGAAUGCUUCCGCUGUCAGAAAGCAGGGCGGACAUGCGGUGGGUAUGGUCAGCGUCUGACCUGGCUGAAGCCACGGCGGGUGACGCGUCGAGCAAAGACCCGGACUCCUGAAAUUGCAUUGGAUCUGGAUGCUUCAGGAUGCAGUUCGUCGGAGACAACGUCGCCUUCUGAUCCUUGGUGUGCGGGGUCCCCGCGGAGUGGUCCCGAUGUGGAGGCACUGCUGUUUGAGAAGUUCAGACGUUCCGGACAGUACACUCUUGCCGGCAGGACCGCGAGAGAAGACGAGUCCAUGAACCAAAUCCUAUCACUGUGUUCCUCUUGGCCAGCGCUCAGAUACGUCGUGCUGGCGUACCAGGCGCAUCUGGAUCUGGACUAUCGGAACUUGUCCGCGGUGUACCUGAACCAGGCUCUGGAGAUUUACCAGACUUACCUACGGGAUCCGGAAAGGCUGGUCCAUGAUGCAACGCUCAUCACAGGAAUCCUGCUGUGCAGUGUCGGAAUUGCUGGAAAUAUGCAGUGGACGAUGCAUCUCGACGGUCUUGAGGCAAUACUAAUCCAACGGGGCUCGAUGGACCCCUACAACCGUCCCCCACCCAUUGCCAAUCUAGUCGAAGUCGUCGGUCUCUUCGAUUUACCCACAGUUACUAUCGGUCGAAUCCACUCCAAACGGAAACUCUGGGCACGCUUCGUAACGCCCAGUCAAACAUCAGGAAUCGAACCGACGUCAGGACUGCCCAGAUCCUUACUGAACAUUGUCAGUCUCCUCGGAUCGAAGGAUGUAGAACACAGCCUGCUCUCAUGGCCGGGAGAAAGGGGAGAAGACUACGCACACCAUUUCCUCUGGGAGGCAUUUCGAUAUUCUGCCAUCUUGAACAAUCGAGCCCUCAUGACCCCUCGAAACAACUUCCUAGACACGCCAGUCAUCCUAAUGAAGAUCCUAGCCAGCGUGGAGGCACUCUGGCAGAUGAAACGGGACCCGUUCAAGCAGCCUCUCAAAACCACCGUUUUGUUUCCCCUAUUCACAGCAGGACUGUACGUAGACGAAGACUCCCGGGACAAGGAGUUUGUCACGGAGUGCUUUCAGGAGCUCAUGGCAGAUGGGAAUAGCCGGUACUCUUUGGCGUGGGAUAUUCUGCUAGAGACAUGGGGACGGCGAACUGAGCAUUUGUACGAGUCUCUUCAUAUUGCAGACAAGUUUGCCAUGGAGAUGAGGGUUGAGGUGCAUUUAUAUUGA